GAGUGAUUAUCUAAUAAAUAUUAUAAUAAGGUACCAUGGAUGACUGCAUAGAACUUUUAAGCGAUACCGAUACAUCAGCAUCUGAAAAAACCCUACUAAUAGAAAACGAAGAAAUCAACAAUAUUCUUGAAAAGUAUAAUAGUAAUAGUACAGAACGCCACAAUUUGCCUUCUACAUCAAAAUCUAUAUACCCUAGUACAAAUAUUUAUAAUCUAGAUGACCUAUCUGACGAAGAAUUUAUACGAGAACCUUUAGACAAAAGAGCAAAAACGUCCGAUGGUGAUACCAAGGAAAACUUAUCAUGGCAAGAAAAGUUCUCGGCUAACGAUUUCUGUGAAGAUUCAAAUGAUUUGGACACCUUAUGGAAUAAAAUAAAACAGCUAGAAUCUGAACAAAUUCAAAUUGAACCUAAACACACAGUUACUAAGGAAGUAAAAUCAUUAUUUAGUAAAGAAAUCUCUAAAUCCAAGCUGGAAAGCAAAUACAAAAGUUACAGUCAGUCUUCAGGAAGUCAAUUUAGUCUAAGUAAUAGUGACGAAGAGGAAUUUAAUGGAAAUUAUGUGUUGCCAACCACCAAUUCAGAACCCAUGAAAUCAGACAACUCUCCCCUUAAUCUGACUCCAGAAGCACAAAUAGCUGAACCGAGACCUAAAAAGCGAGGGAGAAAAGACUCAGCAGAAAAAGAAGCUGAAAAACUAGAAAAAGAAUUGGCCAAAGCAGCGAAAGCCAAAGAAAAAGAACAGAAAAAACUGGAAAAAGAAAAUCAAAAACAAUUAAAAGACGCUUUAAAAGUAGUUGGAAAUUGUGUUAAACCUGAUCAAUGCAUACAGUACUUAACAGUUAAUAUUGACGAAAACAUAUCAAAAAAGCCUUAUGGGGAAGUAAUAGAAGCAGGAUUGAAAAGUGGUGGUUACAAUUACAAAGUUACCAAAGAACUAGUUCCAAAUUUAAUUUCGUGGACAAGAAAAGUGCCUACAAUUGAAAAUAUGUUUUUGCAAAAUGUCAAUCAACAAGAAAAGCACUACAUGAUCAUCAUUGACUUACCAGAAUUUAUUCAGCAUAUUGCAGAUAAUACCAUAACAGCUCAUAUACAAUCAUUGUUUAGCAUAUCUCAGAUAGAGCAUCUUUCUAUUGCUAUUUUAGGAUUACAACGGUAUUAUAAAUAUUUAAGGGAUGAUAAAAAUCGAGAGUUCAAAGCUGCAGUUACUGAAGCAGAAAUUAGAACUAAUGGAAAUUCACAAUUCAAAAAUCUUCCAAAAGUAACUAAAAAAGAAAUAGAGAAUAAGUUGGUUGAAUUGCAGAUUUUUUGCAAAAAUAUUUAUGUCCGGCCAGUUGAAAAGCUCGAGUCUUUAGCAGUGUUUGUUGGAGAAUGUACAAAAUCUGUAGCUCAAAUUCCUUAUAAAUUGGCUAAAUCAGAAUCACAAGGACAAGAAAACGAAUUUUUUGUUGUAAACAAUAGAGAUUGUGUAAGAGUAGACAAAGACGGUAAUGGUUUAGGGCGUUUAUGGAACCAAUUCCUAAGAAUGUUUCCUUUGGCAAGUUUAGAAACUUCCGAAGCUGUAACUUCUGUUUACCCCACCAUCAAUUCGUUAAUGGAGGCUUAUAAAAAUUGCGAAAAACCUGAAGAUUGUGAAAAACUAUUGCAAGAUUUGCCUGUUAGAAGAGCGGCUGGGCCUUUGAGUGGCCAAAGAAAAUUAGGGCCCGAAUUCAGUAAAAAGGCUUACAGGUUUUUCUGCUCACAAGAAAAUGUUUUAUUGUGAUCGAAUUGUAUAGUGAGAAACUUUUGAAUCAAUAAACAAUGUGCUUAUUUUUUCCUCCAAGUAUGUAAGUAUGAUUCCAUGAAACCUUGGUCACCAAAAGUGCUGAUGUAUUGGAAAAAAAAAAUACGAGUAAAAAUCUAUUAACAACUUAUCAUGACUAAAACAGCCUUUUCUAAAUAAAUAUAUAAAACAAUUUUUUUUUAUAAUUUUACGUUGACUCCUUACACUUUGUUAAAAUAUCAUCAAAUUUCUAUUUUCUCAUGUAUUGAGUGAUUUUAUGCAAUUGCUCGACUAUUGCAGGCAUGACAGCCGAAACAGAAGAGUCAAUUAAGUUUUGGAUAUAAUGCACAGCUUCCUCCUCCCCUAAAUCCAACAUUAGCUUGUCCUGAACCUUUUUAACCGCCUUAUCAGGUUCUAACGCUAUAUCAGGUACACUGGCGUCUACCAUUAAAGAGAAUAAGUUUAGCAUUAGGUUUGCGU